UUCCAGGUUAUUAUUUUGUAAUAACAAAAAUUACCGACACGGGAUUCGUCUCUCCAGUUGGAACGGGAUGAGGACUGUGCGUUUUGCUGUUGGGGCUUUUAUCAGUCUGAUUUUCCAAGUGGGCAUGACGCAACAGAGGACGAAUGGUGAAUAUUGCCAUAGUUGGAAGGACGCUCAAUCUAACUGGCGAGGGGGUUUCCAUUGUCCGGAGCGCCACGAUCAAAGAGAAGCGGCGAUCUGUUGUGGAAAGUGUGAGCUGCGCUACUGUUGCGCACUAAAAGGAGCUAGACUGGAUCAGGGUAACUGCAACAACCACGAGCAAGUUCUACAGCCUGGCACGUCUGAUGACGAGAAAGAUGCCAAGAGCGCAGUACCUGUCUAUGUCCCCUUUGUGAUCGUGGGCUCUGUUUUUCUGGCCUUUAUCUUUCUGGGCUCCAUGGUGGCCAUGGGUGUCUGUCUGAGUCGUAAACAGGAGAUCUCCCAAAGCCCAGACGAUGCUGCUGGGCCCCAGGGUGGGAGUGGAGAGCAGCAGCAGGAGGCUGUACCCAUGACUGUGAGUACAGGGACGUCCUGUGGUUCCACCUCAUCUCUCUACCCUCCCAAUGCCAGCCAAGCCUGUCCAACUGGACCCACACGGGUCCACCAAACCUUAAAGAGGCAGGAAACUCCCACCAGCCCACAACCCUCCAUGGUCCAACCUUUUACCAUGCACCCCUCCAUGGUGUUUUCCAGCCUGGUUCACCCCUCCAUGCUUCAUCAUUCCAUAAUGCAUCCUUAUAUGGCUCAAAUGCCUACUCUGUAUACCUCACAAGGGGAAAGCCGUCGUCUCCCAUCUCCCUGCCCUCCAUCCAGCUAUACCAGCACUAAACCCAGGCACACUGAAGUGAUCAUAUAAUUUGUGGCUUUGACUUUGAAAGACUCCAGUACGGAGUAUUUGGGUAUUCAAAUAGAAAAAUAUAAAUAAGCCCAGGAAAUGGAAUGUAAAUGUGUGGCAGCCAGUUUAGACUAAUAAAAAUGUUUAGGAGAAUAAUUGCAAUUGCAAUCAGUUAACAAUAAUUCAAUCAUUCAUAUUUUAUUAUUCCUUCAAAUGUAUAGUGUUUCUUUGUAAAUAUUCUGUACUCAUUUCUAAAAUUUCCACAUUCAAUUGCUAGACUUUUCCUGUGCUUUUUUGUUGUUGUCCAUAAUAUAGUUAGUUAUAUUAGGCCUACUGUUAAGUAUUUCUGAUGCAAAAGCUACACUAUGCACAUAACCCUGUCACAUAAUAAUAAUAAUAAUAAUAAC